AAUUAUUUAUAAUCGUUUCUUUAUAAACUCGUACCACUUCACUUUUCUUCAAAUUUAAAUUUGCGGUUAGCAUAUCGCGUGUUCAGAAAGUUUUUCCCUAACGGACUGGAGGAAACGGCGUUCGCCAAAGUCCUCACCUCCUUUCUUCUUGCUCAAAAGCAAGAUUGCUACAGAUUGCUACAGAAAGUUUUUGUUGACGGUGAUAUGUUUCCAAGGGUAGAUAGGCGCAGGUAUUUUUUUCAAAGGUUCUGUAGCAUUUUGAUGCUACUGUUCUUAUGUGCAAUUUUUCUGAUGAGAUCCGAUAAUAAGGAAAUUUUAAUAACAGAUGAUAUAUUGAGUCAGUUGUUUUAUGCCGGAACACUUAUUUUUUUCACACCUAAUUUGACUCUUUUAUUUUACCGAAUUAUAAUAUUUAUUGAGGAAUGCUUUUAUUGGAAAGAAAAAUGGAGAGACCAUCUACAUCUCUGUUUUGGUAAUUGUUAUAUGUCUAUUUUCAUAAGUGCCCUUUUUUUAAUCUUCUCAUGUGUGUGUUCUCAUACGUCCACCUUCUGUGAAGAAUUCCAUGUUUGUCUCUUUGAUUAUGAUGAAUAUGUCAUAAACAAGACUUUUGAUGAUGAAAAGAGCAUAGGUUGGUCAUGGGCCUAUGGGGCCUACAGAUAUUAUUAUAACAUUUGUUUUGAAGGUAUAUUGCAAAGAAUGGAAAAUUUUGAGCAGGAACAUAAAAUAAAAUUAUUUGUUAAACGCCUUGUUAUUAUUUGUCCACUUUCAUGUAAUAUCGAUGGUCUACUUAGUGGCCGAGACCCUGCAAUAUGUUUAGUUGGAAGAUUAGAAUCUGUUUUCAAUGAUCAAGGAGGAAACGUUAACAGAGAUUAUCAUAAUUCUGUUUAUAAAAUAGGUGAUUCUAAUCCAAUUUAUGCCGCUGUGGAAUUCCCAAAUUCUUUGAAAUGUUUUAAGAAGGAAGGUGAUGAACAAAUGAGUGAAGAAAUGCGAAAAUACCACAGAGACUGCUUUAUAAAGCAUUUAAAAAGGUUUUUAGAAGACAAACCUUGUAUUUUUCUAUUAUAUGAUGAUGAAAAUCCCACGAAAUCAUUAUCAGAAUUUCUUGAACAUGAAUUAUACAUGUUUGUGAAAGACAGUAAAUUUUCAAAAUUUAUAGCAAUAUCUGAAAAGGACAUUUAAAAAAAUUGUAUGCUAGAUGUAGUUAAGUGUUAUUGUGAUGAAAUGUGAUAAUUUUACAUUAUUUCUGAAUUCUGUGUCAUUUUUUUGAAUUGUUUUAUGUCGGUUCUGAAUAAUUUUGUGUUAUUUCUGAAUAAUUUUAAAUAAAUAUUUCUGGAAUAUUUUUUACAUUAGCUAAAAAAAUUAAAAUUUUUUAGUAGAAUAGCAUAGAGAAAACUUAAUGAUAAAAGUUUUUGCUUUUAUUUAUGUGUUGUAAUUUCAGACAUAUAAACAUUUUAUUUUGAUGUAAUGACUUUUUAUUUUGUUAUGGUUAACAUGAACAGCUUUCUGUUUGAGUUAAAUUUUAAAGAAAAAUUUAAAAAGAAAAAGCUUUAUUUAUCUAAAUGGAAGCAUACUAUUUAAUUAAGAUAUGCAUCAAAUUAAGAAACUUCCAUUCCUUGGGAAUUUGGUGUUUGUAGGUGCUUAGAAAAUUAUAACAUUUAAAGAUAGAUAGCUGAAAUUAUCUUUAGAAUAAUAUGUAUUUUUUUAAUUCUAAGCUGGAACUUUGUGUAUAGUACUAAGACUGUAUUCAGUUCCUAUCGGCCAAAGAUGUGAUCGGGAGCUUAAUGUGUCAUUACAGAAAGCAGCUCAAGCAUUUUGAUAUGACAUUUAAGAAUGGCGAUCAUGUUGAUUAUAAUGUUUUACUUCGUGAUGGAAUACUACUGCUAGAAACAUCCUGACAACUUAUUACAGAAUCAACCAUUUGAAAUUGUUUUUGAUAUGCUGAUCUUGUAAAGGAUGUUUAAGAACAAGACUAAAUUGAGGAUAUGCCUGUUGUUAAGUAGAUAAAAAAAUGGUGUUUCAUUAUUUUCAGAAUGUGACAUGAAGUAUUUUCCAAUCUUGCAAUGAUAAUAUUGUUCCAUGCGAAGAUCCAGAUGCUGCAAAUAUUGUGACAGAAAUUAAGAUGAGAAAUGCUGGUGUCAAAAAUUCUUUUUCUGUUGUUGAUGAAAAUAUUGAGUAAAUGCACAUAUGAAACAUAUUUCCUACAGCAAUGUUUUCCAAAGCUGUGAUGCCUAUAAUUAUUAAGUUUUUAUUCAUGCGAACUGUUGAUCUGAAAGCGAUAGAAUCUUUUCAAUUUUUGUACAAAAAUCUUGGUAAAAUUUUUCUGCAUUCUGUAAUAUCCCAGCAGAAAGUUAUGGAUUAUUUUUGUACUUAGGAGUUAAGUAAAAAUUAAAUUAAAAUUUUUCAGUAUUUUUUGUUAUUCGUUUUUAAUAAAAUAAUUAUUCAUAGUUAUAAAUAUGUAAUUCAAGGGAAUGAUCAAAACCAUGAUAUUUAUGCUUAUCAUUUUAUCACUUAAACUUAUUAUUAUGCAGUGAAACUGGAAAAGCAGAACCGACAAAUUUGAUAACUGUCUAUAAUAAUGAUUGUAACUAAAUCUUAAUAAGAUUUUUAAAAUUUUGAUUUAUUAUGUGCUUUAUUUGGCAGAGGUGACAGUGUUAAAGUCUUUUUUAUUCAUUUUUCAAUUUUUACACGUUUUUUGAGACUGCCCAUUUUUUCUUAUUGAAUAUAGCAAACCAAACUUCAGUUUCUUAAAGCUUGUUUUAAAUCUCUAUACAUAAUACAAAGUCUGAGAUCUGGCAUUGUCAGAACUUUGUCAUUCCUGAUUUUAAGCAGUAUGAUAUUACUGAAAUUUUCUUUGCUUUCUGUGAUUUAGCCCCAAUCCAAAUUGAGUUUAAGUAUUUUAAGUUUCACCCGUUGGUAGACCUAAAAAAAUUAUGUGUCUGAUGCACUCAUUUCAUUUAUACUGAUAAAAAAAUCACAAAUUUUAAAUAGUAAUGCCUUUAAAGUAAACAGUGGUCGAAGUAAACUGUGAUUUUUUUUAGAAUUUUUGAUUUUAUCUGUGAUAUUUCUAACUUUACAAUCUUUCAAGCUUCUUAAACGAAUUUUAGAUAUAAAGGAAAUAGUAUUUAAAUUGGGCUUGAAUGGCUAAUGGAAAAAAACCUUAUAAAUAUUUCAUGAAGUCAUAUGAAGAUGAUACGGUAAUACAUAAUGGUAUUAAAUGGUGGGUGAGUUUUUAACUUUGGCAGGAGCCAGAGAUUAGCACCAUUUAACUGAAAGAAUAGUGACUAAAAUUGUUGAAUUUAUGCUGAUCUUACAGCACAUUUCUUACUGUAUAUUUGUCACUAAUAUAGUUUCUUUUAUACUUCAUGUCUGUCCAAUGUACACUAAUCCACAUUCACUUAUUGUACUAGGUUUUCUCCAUUGAUUUCAUUUUAUUUUUCAGUCUCAAUCUUGAUUUCAUUGAGCCAGGAAGUGAAGACAGUUUCAAACAUUGCCAUAUUUCAGUUAUUUUAAAACGGAUUGAAUGAGAUCAUAUUUUUAUUUGAUCUACUUAUGUAUCAAUCAUUCUAAAUUUUUUUAUAAGAAACACUUUUCUGCGCAUUAAUUAGGAAAACUGGGUUCAUGUAUAGUUUUUUUAACUCUCUUAGAAUUCAUAUUAUAUUCAGAAAUAAAUAAAAACUAUUAAUUUUUUUCAUGAAUGAGUUGUAGGAUAAUCUAAGCAUCUAGAAAACACCUGAUUAGAUUUCCCAGGCUCAGAUGUACUUGAACUUAUUCUUUAUCCAUAAAAAAUGCUUUGCCUGUGUCAUACAUAUGUACUGUCACAUUAAAAAUCCUUAAAUACUCAGAAAAUUAACACAGUAAAUUAUGUUUCUAGGGUAAUUAAACAACAGAAUAUGUAAUGCAAGUAAAUUUUGGAGAGAAAGAGAUGGUCAAAUUUGUAUUCUUUUUCUAAUUAUUAUUUUGUUUAAAUAAAUGUAUUGAGCUCAUCAUUUGCAGAUUGAUAAUUAACUCUAAAAUUCUAUUGUUUUUAUAAAUCAGUAAAAUUGAAAUAAUAAGCCAAAAUUCAAUUGAAACCUUACUUGUAUAACCAAAUACUUUAUUGUAACUUUACCUGUAUGCCAGAAGAAUAAUGUAAUUGCUGAAAAAAUUAGAUUUUUUUUAAUCCAAGUUUAGAAUAUUUGUUUUUAGUAUGAGAAUGAUUAUUGCUAAAGUACUAUAUGAGAAUAUUCUGAAUUUUCAUAAAUGUCAUACCGUAAUUUUGAAAUUUCAUUGUUCCCAUUAAGCUUAACCACAAACAUUGAGGAAGAAAACUACCCCAUUCAAAGAGAAUUCCAAAUAAAUAGGUAAAUACAUUAUCCAAUGUCUCUAGCUAACAAUAUGCUUUUCGAAGUCAUUUAUUGGAGGAUGUAAUUGAAAAGUAUUUCAAGAUUAUUUUUUUAAUCUGCCUUUCAUGGAAGUGAUUUAUUAAUAUAGAAGGAAUUUUACCUUGUGCUCAAUAUUUUUCAGUAUGAAGUAAAAUAUUAAUAUUUUUCAAAAUAUUUAAUACACAUUAAGAUAAAUAUUUAUGCUUAAAUACGAGGGCAUUUCGAAAAGUAAAGAUACAAUGGCUCGCAUUCCUUAAGAAAACAUUUAUU